AUGCAGCAGCAGAGCCCCCAUGACCCUCCUUCCAUUGGUUCCAGGACACCGUCGUCUCCCUGCAUGAUGGCAUGCUCACGGACCUGCUCCCGCAUCCUGGGGCUAAGCCUUGGUACUACAGCCCUGUUUGCUGCAGGGGCCAACAUGGUGCUCCUCUUUCCUAACUGGGAGGUGACUUACCUGUUGAGAGGCCUCGUUGGCAGGCAUGCCAUGCUGGGCUCUGGGCUCUGGGGAGGAGGCCUCAUGGUACUCACUGCAGCUAUCCUCAUCUCCUUGAUGGGAUGGAGAUAUGGCUGCUUCAGUAAGAGUGGGCCUUGCCGAAGCAUGCUCACUGCUCUGUUGUCGAGUGGCCUGGCUUUGCUUGGAGCCUUGAUUUGCUUUACCACUUCUGGAGUAGCCCUGAAAGAUGGUCCUUUUUGCAUGUUUUAUGUCUCAUCUUUCAACCAGACGCAAGGUUGGAAGUAUGGUUACCCAUUCAAAGACCUGAAUAACAGGAAUUAUAUGUAUGACCAUUCACUCUGGAACUCUGUCUGCCUGGAGCCUACUAAAGCUGUCGUUUGGCAUGUGUGCUUCUUCUCCACCCUACUGUGCAUCAGCUUCCUCCAGAUUCUCCUGGUGGUCAUUCAUUUCUUCAACAGCUUCUUGGGCCUUUUCUGUAGCCUCUGUGAGAAGUCAUAAUGCCCUUUUAUGGAUAGGAGUUUUCAUCAGAAGCUUCCUUGAAUCCUUUCUGCAACUAGGAUUUAUGGGUAUGAAUCAUAAACGAACUUCCCUUUUAGGUAUUCCUGUAGGAAUACUAACAAUA